AACUAGAGCACUUUCAGACAACUUUUUUCCCUUGCCGACUCGUUUCCUAUCAUCUGGAUAAACAUCCUAUACGACACGAUGCUCUCAUCAGGAUACGUCGAGCAGCAGGCUUACGCCCAACAACAAGCAGCUAUGGCUAUGAACACACUACUACCCACACCACCCUCCUCACCACCACGCGUCGGGUUACAUCCUGUCGAAUCGACGAUUACCCUCCUCGAGAAUUUAGUGGCGUUCUAUCAUCAGGAACGGAUGUGGGUCUAUCGCACACGUGCCCAACUAGAGAUGUCACUGCAAGAACGAGACGCUACCGCAGCAGCAGCAGCGACAGAUGAUGAAGAAGAGAUGGAGAAGGAGGAGCCAGACUCUGCUGAAGAAACAUCAGAACCAAGCAAGUGGUCGAAGAGAAAGAAGGCGUUUGGGUUGAAACUGGAGGGAAUUGCAACGACUAGAGGAAUGCCGAGAGGUGGAAUCGUGAAACAACGUGUACCGCUACCGAUGUUACCGGCGUUUGCGCACAGCAACCAAACGCAUCUUAGUGGUGGGCAACCUGUACUUGGGGCCAGUGGAAGGGAACCUGGAGUGGAGAUCCUAGAGAUGUUUGAGAGGAUGAUGCAAGCUAGGAUGGAGAGCUGUGAGCGAGUUACUAGAAUGGUUCGAAAUGCGAGCGGUACUGGUUCACCUGGUCAAGGGUAUCUGAUGUCUCCGGCAGCCAACGGGCCGGCUUACGGUCAAAGUAGUUUCUUUAUAGGUGCUUAGUGGUUACAUAAUAGAUGGUGAUAUUUAUUUAUUAUUGAUGAACAUGUAACUCUUCGUCUCUUUG